AUGGCAGGGAUGGGCUUCGCUCCGGCGAUCUUAAGCACUCCGGGGAAUUACCUGAAUAUGCGUCGGCAGAAGAAGGGCAUGAAGGAAUAUUUGCCCGUAGGAUGCAACAAUUCCAGCAAUGUGAUUGUGGAUAAUCGAGAGGCGAUUCGAAGCGGGAUCUCAAACUUUUUCGCAGACUCAACUGCUAUAAAACCAAAUAUAUCACCCACAACUGACCACAUUAUUUUCAAAGAAGGCGAGCCUCUGAAGCUACAUUGCUCCGGCAACUCGAGCAUUUUCUUCACGUAUCCCACUAACCGAACAUAUUAUUACAAUAAUACAGUCCUUUCUUAUACAUCGCCCAUCGAAAUAAGCAAAACGCAAGACGAGAAUGGCACCAACUACCACAAGUUUUAUCGACCGAAUACAGUAUUUGGAGAUACUGGUUGGUAUGGUUGCUCGUACCAACCUAUUCUAACCAUCAGAUGUAAUUAUUCCGACCCUGCAAUCAGCUGGAUUUAUGUCUACGUUGAGUCUAAAACAGCUCGGUUUGUGGAACAAGCAAGUUUAUAUAAGUUAAUAAGAACUUAUGGUGAAACCAUUGUCAUACCGUGUAGACCAACGUCGCCGGAAGCAGAAGUCCGGAUUACACAGAUUGUUAACGGAAAGAAUCGGAACGAUUUUUUUACUUCCACUUUCGAUCCAAAAUAUGGAUUUACAGUGCUCGUAUACGUCGACCUUCCAACACCGGCGACAUACAAAUGUAUCAUCGCCCCUGAUCAAGCGGUCUCUUAUAUCGUACAUAUGCGCUCGUGGGUUACACUGCCCAAACCAAUUAUCAAUAACACAUUGGCGCAUGUAAUAAAGGGAGAAUCUUUAUACGUGAAGUGCACCAUAAAUAGUAUGGGGGACAUUGAGGACUAUGACAUAUUUUGGAUUGUAGCGCGAGAAGUAUCUGUCUGUCACAUAUAAAUUACAUUCGUGUUUAUCUAUACCCGCGCGAGUUGAAUU